GCGUUGAUGGAUCAUCUCUCCAUGAGCAUGAGCAUGAAGGCAAGAAGGGAAAAUGAGAAUGAAAGAGAAAGGGAAAAUUCACAUCCUAAUCUGCUACUACAUACCUAAGCUCCGGACAGAUUAAUCUGUUCCAAGCAAGUUUCCAAUCAGUACCGGAUCAGCAUUAACAUCGGGAGGUAGACGCGCGCACCAACCAGGCGUCCUCGGCGCUGUUCCUUCGACGAUAUAAUUGCCAGAUUUCAAGUCCCGUCUCGUCGGUGUGCUUCAACUCUCAACGGGCCUGCUCUUGCUGUUACGAUGCUAGGACACACGGCCGCCAAUGGCAAGAAGAGCAGCAAGUUCGAGGACUCGGACAGUCGCAUGCCGAGGCCCAGGGCCGUGUCUGAGCAGCCGCAGCGUCCAGCGCAGCGUCAGAAGUCGUCGGUGGCGGCAGCGGGCGCGGAGGCAACCGGCGCCGCGGCGCGCCGCGCUCCCGGCGUCCGGGGCAUGGCGCCGCGCAGCCCGUUGCACGAGGCAAGGAUGUUCUUGUGAUCGAAUGGACGGCGCAAACACCAUGUAGUACGUGUUGUCAGUGACGUGGCGUUUGUGUUUUUUUUUUCGUGAACGUCGAUUUGCAGAAGAAGCCCGCCGGUGCUGGUUGUGGCGCCGGCGCGGGGCCACGGGUGGCGGAGCUGGAGGCGAAGCUGGAGAAGGCGCACGGCCAGCUUAUGGGAAUGCGGGACCAGCUCGCGGCGGCCGAGAAGGCCAGGAAGGACGCGCGCGCCGCGCUUGUCGACACCAAGAAGCGCCUGGCAGCGAAGAAGAGGGACGACGACGCGGCCUCUUCGGCGCCGCCGCCGGUCGAGCACGAUGGCGCCAAGGUGCCGGCGCCGGCAGACGGGGCUGCUGGUGGCGCAGAGGGUGCCAAUCGGGAGGAAGGCUACAUGAGGUCGCCGUCGCCGAGCGCCGACGCCUUCGAGGCGGUCGACGUCGUGUCGGGCGAGUCGGGGAACAACGAGGGCCCGGUCGUCGAGGAGGACAACAAGAAGACUGGUGAUGAGGAGGAGGUGGGCAACGCCGUUGCCGAUGACAAUGGCAAGAAGGGGAGCCCGGAGGUUGAGUUGCUGAGGGCGAAGCUGACGGCCAAGGACAUGGAGGGCUACGAGCUGAGGGCGAAGCUGAUGGUGAUCGACACGGAGGUCGACGAUCUGAAGAGGAUGGUGAUGGCCAAGAGCACGGAGCUCGAGGAGCUGAAGGCGAGGCUGAUGCUGAACAAUGAGCAGGUCGACAAGCUCACGGCGGAUCUGAUGGUGAAGGACGCGGAGAUCGCCGCCCUCGAGGCCGACAACGCCGACCUGAGCAAGGUGGCCGAGGAGGCCGCCGAGGCCGCGAAGGCGACGUCCGCGCGGGCGCGGGAGGCCGAGCACGCGCUGCGGGAGGGCGCGGCGCGGGAGGCCCGGCUCGCCGAGCGGCUGCGGGCGUCGGAGCACGCCCGGGAGGCGCUGGAGGCCGAGGCGCAGCGCUCGCGCGUGCAGAGCGAGCAGUGGCGCAAGGCGGCCGAGGAGGCCGCCGCGGUGCUCGGUGGCGGCGCGGACCGCGCCACGGGGGCCAGCAGCAGCAGCAGCACGGACAGGCGGCGCCACGGGCCAGCCUCGGCCGGCGGCGGCGAGAGCGAGGGCAUUCCAGCCAAGGACGGCGACGAAGAGGGACCCAGUGGCAAGCGGAAGGCCGGCGGGGCCAUGCGGGCGCUCAGCGACCUGUGGAAGAAGAAGGCGCAGAAGUGAUCGGAAGGCCUUACAUGCUCCGCUCCGCUGUCUUGUCCACUCCACUAGGGUAACUUCUAGCGACGAUUUACGGCGCAGGAUAAUUCACUGUUAACGUUAUGGGAUUAUAAGGUAAACCAAAAUAAACUCGCGCGUUGUUUCUUUCGUGCAAUGUGCCACUGGCCUACUGAAUUACUGAUUGUAUGCUCUAGUGCUAGCACCUAGAAGUGCUAAAUUAUUCUAGGAUGAACAGAGAUUUGUUUUUGCGUGGCA